GAUCUCCAGUCCCCUUUUCAUUCGACAGGGCAACUGGGACAGAUUGUCCUCUUCUUAGUGUACCAGCUUCGCUCUGGGAAUUUUGACGAUCCGGUGUUGGUUGGAUUUCUUGGCAUAUCUAUGCCGCUUCCUGUAUGUUAGCUGCUGCACCGGUUUCCACUUCAAUUGGUUUUUAGGAUUCUGGAGUUCUUGGCCUUUGGGUGGCUGAGGCAGAGCCAUUCACACCCGUUUAGUGCUUUUCCUUCUCCAAAUGCCCUAGUUUCCCGAGAUUUUUUGUAAUUCAUUGGACUUAGCUGAACAGCUACGGACGGUGUUGAGACUUGAAAGCAGCUUGUUUUGUUACGGCGUUGGCAUACCUCAUACCUCAAAUCGUAAUCUUUUUGCCCACAUCUGAGCAAUCUAGACCCUGUCCGGCUUUUGAAUUAUACAGUCUCCUGUAGAAUUGGAAUUAGCAAUUGGAAGUCGAUGAUACUGUUGCAGUGCCCCUGCAGAUAUCUUCUGCAAGUCUUGAAAACUCAGGUUCAGAAUCUUGAGAAAGGAGUUGAGUUAGACUGCCAGUGGGUUGAAUUUGAUGAUGUCCGCUAUCAUAUUCAGGCAACUGUGAAGAAUCCAAACAUCCUUCUACUAUCACUAUCACUGCCCACUCCACCUCCAGAAACUGUGUUUUCUGGUGGACUUCCUCAAGGAGCAAUAGAAGCAAUAAAAGCAGCAUAUGGCGUCGUUCUACAAAUUCUUGAUCCCCCAAGGGAUGGCUUUAAUCUCACUUUGAAACUAAACUUGUCCAAAAUGCCUCCAGAUGAAGAGCAUAAGCAAGCACUCCUGGUAAAGAUUGCUUCUAUAAGAGAAGUAGUACUGGGUGCGCCGCUAAGAGCAGUUCUGAAACAACUUGUCUCGAGGGGUGUUAAGUCUAACUUGAACAAGCUUCUUUCCCUUGUGCAUCGGCCAAAUGAGUCAUUUUUUGUUGUUCCUCAGGCCGACAAGGUGACUGUGAUUUUCCCCAUGCACUUCAAGGAUUCAAUAGAUACUGUACUCGCUACUUCUUUCCUUCAGGAAUUUGUGGAAGCAAGGCGAACUGCUGGACUUGGCAAUGCCCCUCCUUGUUUGUGGUCUUCUUCUCCCCCUCAAGAAUUAAAAGGAGCUUCUGAAAUAGCAUUAUCAGCAAAUGCUGGAUUUGUUAGCUUUGUCAUUUUCCCUCGCCACGUGGAAGGUAGAAAGAUGGACAGAACUGUUUGGAGUCUAUCAACAUUUCAUGCGUAUGUCAGCUAUCAUGUCAAGUGCUCAGAGGGUUUCAUGCAUACCCGGAUGAGAAGACGUGUGGAAUCACUCAUAGAGGCUCUAGAUCGUGCCAAACCGGACUCAGAGAGGGCUGAUCGACCCGCAAAAAAUAAAUUGAGUAUCAAGGAUGGGCGGGGCAGUUUCAAUUCAAGAUGAGAUUAUCCGGCUUAAUCAGAGGAGUUCUGACAAGGAAAAAGAAAAAAAAGAAAGAAAAGAAUUCACAGGAGACCGCUUGUACUCGUGAUCAUUCACAGUCAAGUAAUGAAGCACCCGCACUUUGUAUAUCAUAGAUGUUAUGCUUUUGAUUUAUUGUGUUAACCUGUUGUUAGGAUGAUACUUUCCAUGCCUUGGACUGCAAAUCCAAACCUCUUUUCAGGUUGGUUUUGCUGGUGCUAGAAACUGAAAGUAGAGUUUCAUACGGCUGCUGGGGCCCGCCACUUGCAGAUUGACCAACCUCCCUUUGCACCCUGCAACAUUAUAAGCUGAAACUUUACGACGUUUAAGUUUUAAUUAUCAAAAAUCAUUUUUGUUGUUUA